AUGGUGGACUCUAGCUAUGACCGGGACGCUUUCAAAACGGCCAACAGGUCUCUGGUCGUCAUCUUCAUGAUCCUCAUUCUGCUCACUAACAGUUGGCUCAUUGUCAUUAACGUUUCCAAAUGUGACUUCAUGCACAAGCCAAAAGCCAUGACAAUUUUAUCGUUGGCCAUCGGAGACGUUUUCGUGGCUCUGCUUUCUUUGCUUGUGUACACGAUGAUUUGGUUCGGAGCUUACGGACCAGAGACAUUGACAACUACUUCCAAUAUUUACAUGCCUUACCUCAUUACCUUCGUGUACGGCCUUGGGCUGAUGACAUUAGGAUUGGAAAUCGCUCAGCAUGACAGGAUCUGUUGCAUGAGUGAAGAAUGGAAAUUCAUUUGCUCCAUUGCCGCUUGCUGCAUUCCGUGGAUACUUGGAGUCAUCGUUGUCUUACCACUUGGACUAUAUAACAUGGAUUCGAAAACUUUGAGAUACUCUCGGAAAAUUGAGAUGUUGAAAGACUUGAUUGUUGUGAGCAUUCUUCUACCAGCAUGCGGUGCCGUCAUUACAUCCACAUGUGUAACUGUUUAUGUCCGGUGCAAAGUCCAAGUCGCAUACAAACAAGCAGUGAGGAGCAGCCCAAAUGUCGUUGUUACCUUAAAUACUCACAACACGACUAAUAUGGAUGCUGCGGUCACCAGACACCAACAGACUCUAACUGAUGAAGACUGUGAACUCCAACAACCUUUGAUGGGACCUCCACAGCCUUAUUCUGAACAAGCACACGGUCCAAAGAGUCAACAACAACAAUCCUCUCACUUCUGCAAUCCGCUCACCACAGAGUUUUCUGCUCCGCAAUCUCAACCACACCAAGGCCGUGACGUAUAUCAAUCCGGUGAUGACGUUGUCACGUCUGCCCCAGUUAAUUCCCGCGUGGUGACGUCAGUAGCAGUCUCGACCAACUCAACGCAGAAACCUGUCAGACUUUUUGUCAUUUCAUUCGUCUAUUUCCUAUUAGUUAUUCCUUUAGCCCUCUACAACCUCGCCGAUGCAAGCGACCUGCCUGGCGUCGCAGCCCACAUUACAAUAAACUGCACGGUAUUUUGGCUAAAUAUUAUGAGAUCUGUCGUCACACCACUUAUUAUGUACGGUUAUUCAGAUAACUAG